GUUGCAGUUGUCCUCAGUGACAGCCGCAGCAGUUAGAGGAAGUGUACAGCUCUCACUCUGACUGUCUGGUCAGAACAAGUUUUUUAUAAAUGAAUGCUUUAUGAUGUAGUCUGUUAAUGUUCUCACAAGGACAGAUGUAGGCAGAGUGGUGAUUUUUUCCGUUUACCUCAUUAUGUAAGGAACAAGCUACAAUAUGGCAUCCUGGAAAAAUUCUUGCAGUAUUAAUGUUGUGGCAGAUGAAUAUGCUGCUAUUGAAUCUGAAAUCUACCGUAGUCUGCAAACCAUUCUGAGAGAAAUGGAUGCUGAACAAACAGUUGUCAACAAAGGGAUGCUGAGAUGGACGUUACACAAGAAAGUGCAGGACAGUUCUCUCAGGAGUCUGGCUCUGGUGAAGGUCACCAUUAAAGAACUUGAAAGAGCUGAAAGAACUGAUUGCAAGAAACAUCUUAUUCCUCUGCUGAAUACACUCAUCUAUGCAGUGAUGCAGACUGUAUACAUGCCCGAUGACCUCUAUAAAAGGGUUUAUGACUUCUGCAAGAGGUUGUUGACUCUGCCUCAGCCGUACUGUACUGUGGGCCUCAGUUAUGCUGGACAAAUGAAAACAGAACGAUUUUCUCCAGGCAUUUUGUAUCAGAGAAGGAUAAUUGCAGAACAAAAUCUAAGAAAUGAACACUAUCCUCAGCAGGAAAGGGUGUUUGUGUUUGCGGAUCCUGCAGUGUUUUCAGAGUCUCUCAGCAACAUUUUAAAGGCUGACAUUGAGACUCAAGGAAUGUUCCGGAACCCAUUGAACAUGAUGCGGUGGGCUGUGCAGCACAGCCUUCAGGCGGUACUGGGAGAGGACUGUGAUGGACCCACUCUCAAUGAUGCGCUGCAGGACAUGGAGCUGGACGUGGAGUCAUACUUUAAUGAAGUGCUUGCAGCAGUUGAACAAAGCACAGAUGUGAACAGAGGUGAAAGGGGUCAGAUCAGACAGAAACUGCAUGAGUUAUACCGACAGAUCCUACGGUAUAGCAGCAAAGGUCUAUUGUCUGGCUCCUUGUGCAAUGUUCCGCUUCCCAAUCCGGAGAUGAGUUUCCAUCUGUGGUGGGAGGAAGAGGAGCUCUGGAGAGAACUGGCCAAAUUCAUUCGUUCUGGAUCUGGGUCCUACAGUGAAAGCCUGUCUCUGAACCCAGAUGAGUUCUACAUGUCGGAUCUGCCCACAGACCUCAACUCAGAGAUGCCACGGCACUCAGUCAUGUCCACGGACAGUGGGAUUGAGCGUGACCUGCAGGGACCUGAUACUUCUGACAUGGAAUUUAUUGGAGGAAGGAGCCUGAACAAAGCUGAACAAACCUGUGGGCGACUUUCAAGACGUGGAGGAAUCAAGGUGAAGCCGUCGAUCACUGACAGCAUGGCUCUGAUGCAGGACGUCCUGGAGGAGACGGGCUCCACUGGCAGCACUGGGACUCUGCAGAGGAGAGCGGGCAGCAGUGGGACCACCUUACAUAAAGAAGAACGCGACUAUACUGCUAAAAUAGUGGUGAUGGGGGAUGAUCGGGUACUUGGAAGAUUAGCCAGGGCGUACUACUGGUUAAGGAAACGGGAAGCCAGGAGACGUUUUCUUACAAUGAAAGUCAACCUACAGAUGUACUACAUCCCUGUUGCUCGCGAUUCGUCUGCAUCCUCCCCUGUGAGGGAGAAUUUGCCUUCUAAAAGCAUCAACAUCUGUGCUCUGGGCUCAUAUCUUGGAAUGGUGGAUCCAUGGUACGAAUGCAAUGUGUGUAGUCUUGGACAGAUGAUUCCUGAUUUUGCAAGAACGUCAAGCAUUGGUAAACCGCAAGAGCCUGACCUUUUCUUAGCUGACAUCAUCUCGUACUAUGUGCGUAUGGGACAGCAGCCAGUGUACUUCAACAUUUACUACAUCAAGAUUUACUUUUCCCACAGAGAAGCUGUUGAAGAAGUUUUUGUUACAGGUCUGGAAGUGGAUUUCCCAGAGUUUAAAACAAAUAAAGACACCUCCAAGCAGAAGAAGAUGCCACCUGAACUGUGUGGGGCCCUGAUCUCCUUUAGCUACUUAAAAGUGUCGCUAAGCAACAGAGAGGUUGAGAAAGGGUUCUCACUCAGAACCACUGGUGCCCAGAUUUCAGCAAUACCACAAAACAAAACUGAAGAUCUUAACUGUCUUGCAGUCACUUUCAAUGACACAAAGCCAAAGAGUAACACGGAGUUAAAGAUUAGGACAUGCAGUUUCAAACUGAAAACGCCAGAAAAAACAACUUUCAGUGUGUGUUUGGACAAAGACUUUCGAAGAAAAUUUAUGGAUGUUGAAAGUAUUGAGGUCACUUCAUGUCGGGACCCUGGAUAUUACGUUCAAAAAUCCUUAAAGUCAAAGUUCAUGACCGAAGAUGCUGAUGCUGGACUGAGCAAAUACAUGAGCAAAGGAUUGACUCUGUCCAUAAACACUUUUGCAGGAAUAAUCGAUUAAUGAACAAAGGUGACUAUAAAGGCCAGUUCUUGCUUUUUGUUUUGUGUAUUGUGUUUUAAACAGUGCACUGUACAGUUGUUUCUCCGUGCAAUCAAACGAUCAGUUAAGACACUUCACCAAGCAGGUUUUACUGCAUUGUGUACUUUUCAUUUGUGAAUCACAAGUUGAUCGUCGAUCCAGGAAGUAUUUAAUCCUGUAACAGAUAAUUUACUAACACUAAUGCUGUCAUGGUAUUGACUUUCUCAAAGAAUUAAAGAAACACCCGAUUUUGGGGGAAAUAGGCUCAUUUUACAAGUUACCUGGAGUUAAACUGUUGAGUUUACUAGUUUUUAAUUCAUUCCACCAAUCUCUUACCAUAUCAGCUAACAAUAAAUCAUUGAAUUGGAUUAGACCAUUAGUGUAUCAUUUAAAAGUUUGUGUUAUUUUAAAAUUAUAAGCAUUACUCUUCUGUAAUUCCAUCAUGCACUUGGACUGACGGAAAAUGAAAAUUUAUUAAAAUAUUUUCUAUACCAAUAUUAAGGAGCUCAUGCAAAACCCGGAGAUAAUCCAAUGUAUGUAAAUAUGCUGUAUAUAUUUGUAAAGUAUUUUUAGUAGUUUCUGUAUUUAUGCAUAAAUAAACAUAGUACACAUGUAUAUAUAAUUUAAAUAAGUUAUAAAAAUAUAUCUUUGAUGUGAUUAAUCAUAAUUAAUAACAGCACGAGUUAAAACCUUUAACGCUUUAACGGUUCAACUUUGUGACUUGUAAAAUUAGCAAUUUCCAAAAAAGUGGAGUGUUCCUUUAAGAGUUACUUGAAUUUGUUUUUACCUUGUUCUCUGUAUUAACAGUCAGCCUGUUGCUUAACCGUCUUUUAUUAGGCUUUUACAUCAAUAAUUGCUAUAUUUACAGUAUGAUACAGUAUAAUCAAAGAAUUAUGUGCUAAGGUUAUAUGUGCACACCAUGGAGAAACUGACAUUACCAUUACCUGACCUUAAUGAUUUGCACUUCUUUGUUAUAUAUUUAGUUUAAUACUUUUAUUUUGUGUAUUUACAUUUAUAUUUGGAGUGCUCCAUGAAAAUGACAUAUUUUUAUACCUUAAAAACAUUGUUUAAAAAUAAAAUGCGUGUGAAAAAGUAUAUUUUUUGUAUUGUUUGUGACUGAUGUAUGCAUAGAACAGCACUAAUGUUACACAAAUGGUUAACAGCUUUGAAUGGCUGUGUUGUGCAGUAAGCUGCAUGUUUCUUUGAAACAGCUAUUAUUGGUGUCACUUUGAGCUAACUUCCUUAUAUGAUUAUCUGUACAGUUUAUGGGUUUAUGGGUCAUUUUCAGUUCUGACCUCAUACCAAUAACCAGUCUUCUGUUAAAGAACAAAUUGAUGUACUUUCAAUUAUAAAACUAGCCAAUCUUAUUCAGUUGUACUGUUAUUUUAAUGGCAUUUAUUCAUGCCGAAACUUUGCACAGUUGUUAAUUUGACCGCUGGUUUUGUAAAUAUUGUGAUUUGAUUUUGUAAAUACCUAUGCUAAAUAAAUGUUUUCAUUGUAUUAUUAUAAACUAAAA